GGGGACUCGACCGCACACCCUCACCUUUUCCCCUUCGCUAGCGCUGCAUGUGAAGCGGGACAGGUGCAAUUCGCGUCCUUUUCGCCAGGAGCCCAGAACCCUGAGUUGCCUUGGAUGGAGGUGCCGAACAGCACACCUGCCAUUGCACGAGUUUAAAUGUUGGGACCGUUGCUUUCGUGGAUGAAGGAAACUAUUUUUUUAAGUAGUUGCGUGCGAGCAGUUGCUCUCUUCGUUUCUUUCUGCCAGCGGUGCUUUUUGGCCUCUCUGUCUGUGCGUUAAUCGUGCAGGAGCCGUCAUUAAUCACUGAUUUAUUUAUUUAUCUUUUUUUUCUUAUUAUUAUCACUAUAUUAUUUAUUGGUUGUGGGCAGCCGCGGGACUCAUGAAUUCGGAUGUUAAUGCGUACCUGGGCAGGGAGAAGGCGGGCAUCAUGAGGAAGAGAGCGCUGCUGCUCAGGAAGGGAUGCAGCUUCGAGAUCACCAGCUCCGCCUCCGAGGACCUGGGAUGCAGGCGUGGCGAAUUCAGCCGGAAGCAUUAUGGGUCCGUGGAGUUGCUCAUCUCAAGUGAUGCAGAUGGAGCCAUACAGAGAGCUGGUCGAUUCCGUGUCGAGAACGGGUCCUCUGAUGAGACCACAGACUAUACUCCAGGAACCUGGAGAAGGACAGAUGUUCAUCUGGAAAACCCAGAGUAUCACACCAGAUGGUUCUUCAAGUACUUUCUGGGAAAAGUACAUCAGAACUACGUGGGAACAGAUGCAGAGAAGAAUCCCUUCUACCUGUCUGUGGUUCUCUCGGAUCAGAACAACCAACGGGUGCCCCAGUACCGGGCCAUAUUGUGGAGGAAGACGGGAAGCCAAAAGAUCUGCCUCCCUUAUAGUCCAACAAAAACACUAUCUGUAAAGUCCAUAUUAAGUGCUAUGAACCUUGACCGAUUCGAGAAAGCCCCAAGGGAAAUACUCAACCCAGACAUUCAGAAGGACCUGCUGGUGUUAGAGGAGCAAGAGGGGUCUGUGAACUUCAAAUUUGGUGUUCUGUAUGCCAAAGAUGGGCAACUGACAGAUGACGAGAUGUUUAGCAAUGAAACCGGAAGUGAAAACUUCAACAAGUUCUUGAACCUUCUGGGAGACACCAUCAUACUGCAAGGCUGGGCAGGCUACAGAGGAGGCCUCGACACGAAAAAUGACACUACAGGAAUAAAUUCCAUAUACACCGUGUACCAGGGUCAUGAGCUCAUGUUCCACGUGUCCACCAUGUUGCCAUACUCCAAGGAUAACAAGCAGCAGGUAGAGAGGAAGAGACACAUUGGAAAUGACAUUGUCACAAUAGUGUUCCAGGAAGGGGAUGAUGCUUCUCCGUCCUUCAAGCCAUCCAUGAUCCGCUCCCAUUUCACACAUAUUUUUGCCUUAGUUAGAUAUAACAGCCAGAACGACAGUUACAGGUUGAAGAUCUUCUCCGAGGAGAGCGUCCCACUUUUUGGACCCCCCCUUCCUUCCCCACCAGUGUUUACAGACCAUCAAGAAUUCAGGGACUUUUUGUUAGUUAAAUUAAUCAAUGGAGAAAAGGCCACUCUAGAGACACCCACAUUUGCACAGAAGCGCCAGAGGACUCUGGACAUGCUGAUUCGAUCGCUGUAUCAGGACCUCAUUCCGGACCUCCACAAGGUUCCCUUUUCUCCGCAGAACAUGCUCAACCGACGGUCCUUCAGCGAUGUGCUGCCCGAGUCCCCCAAAUCUGCCCGCAAGAAGGAGGAGGCACGGCAGGCUGAGUUCGUCAGAAUAGGGCAGGCACUGAAACUGAAGACUAUCGUGAGAGGAGAUGCUCCCACCAGCCUGGUCACCACAGGGUUGUGUAGAAAGGAGCCCUGGGAGUCCCAAUCCUUCUACAACAGUUUCCCAUACGAGAUUGUCUGCAGUGACUCGUGGGGUCAGUCCCUCCUCGUCGCCACGGACACCAUGGGAGUAAUGCUGUUGGAUGGUAUGGAUCCAGCUGUUCCAAACCCUGAUACUCAACCUCUCCCUGUGCAGGUCUUUGAUAAGACAAUGGUAGUGAAACAGAUGCAUGUUCUUGAACCUCAGGACCUUCUAAUUGCUAGGGCUGACAAAGGAAAAGAUGCCCGCAUCUACGUCUACAGACUGAGCUCCCUUAAAAGGGGUUUGGAAGAGAGGCAACUCAUCCGUUCCAAGUGCGACAGCAGAGAGAACAAACUUGAAAAAACAAAAGGCUGCCAUUUGUAUUCCAUUAACACUCACCACGGUGCGGAGCUGCGCAUCGUGGCAGCCAUCCGCAACAAGCUUCUCCUCAUCACUCGGAAACCGCUGCGGCCGGACUGCCUGUGCGCCGUCACCAUGGUGACCGGCCCCCCCGAUUCACCCGUGGAGGAGUUCCAGUACAUAAGGGAGAUCUGUCUGUGCGACCCGCCGGUGGUCAUGGCGCUGGUAGAUGGGCCGACAGGGGAAAACGACAAUAUGAUCUGUGUGGCCUACAAGCAUCAGUUCGACCUCAUCAAUGAGAGCACGGGAGAGGCCUACCGACUGCACCACGUGGAUGCCAGCAGGGUAAACUUUGUAGCAGCCAUUGAUGUGUACGAAGACGGUGAAGCUGGUCUUUUGUUGUGCUACAAUUAUAUCUGUUACUAUAAGAAAGUGUGUCCAUUCAAUGGAGUGACACCAAUGAUUCAGUCCAACACUUCAGAUUUUCACUUCAGCUGGAACCAGAUGCCUAAUUCCAUUGUGUGCGCAUUCCCCUACAUCUUGGCAUUCACGACAGACUCCAUUGAAAUCCGUCUGGUGGUGAACGGAAACCUGGUGUACACUGCCGUGGUGCCGGGGCUACAGCUGACCGCAUCACGGUCUGACAUCUACUUUGUGUCUUCUGCACCUCUGAACGCAGCCUCCAACUGCAGCUCCAGGGACACCAGCUCUCAAAGUUCCCCGCAGACACCGACUGCUUACGAGAUGCCCGUCUUCCCGUCGCCGCUGGGAGACGAUUCUAUUAGGAUCCCCUAUGGAAGCAAGCUAUCCCUGUACAUGUCUAAAGAAGCUGAAGGUGAGGUGCAGUCCAAACACAUCUUCAAAAUCCCCCUCAGCAACCUGGUGGGCCGCAGCAUUGAGAGACCGCUCAAGUCACCGCUGGUCAACAAGGUGAUGACCGCACCGGCGCCCAGUGUGGUCGCACCCUCACCCCUCACUCCGGCGUCGCACUCCCUCUCGCUGUCGCGCAUGGAGAUCAAGGAGAUCGCCAGUCGAACACGCAAGGAGCUGCUGGGCCUUACCGAGGAGCCGAGCAGCAAGUCGGAGAACACAGGGAAGCAGAGGAAGAUGAGCAAGAAGCUGGUGGAGGACGAGCCAAAGACGAGGGCAUUAAGAUCGACCAGCAGCGACAGGGUGGGCUCGGAGUUGGCAGACACGGACUCAGAUGCCGCACGACACUGCUCGUCCAGCUCGGAAGCGGAGGCGGAGCGUGUGGAGAUGCGGGCGGAGGUGCGCGAGGAGAGCCCUCCGCUCACCAGCCCCUUCGCCCUCACGUCCUCUUUCGAAGAGGAGGUCCUGGACUUGAAAUGAAGACAAUCCGGACAGCACUUCUGCAUUCCUCCCUUCAGUAUGCCUGCUCGUACUGCUCAAACAUGCAACCUCCCGAUGCGUUUGCCACACCGGUCAAACCAUCAGGGGUUUGGUUGUAACCAGAGCUCACCAGUGAAAUGAUUGAAGGCAGUGGUACACUUUGUGCUACAUGUAAAAAAUGACAAAAAUUCUAAAGUAGUUAUUAAUUUUCUAGAUGAAUAUGGCUUAACGCUUUGCAAUAUAUUACAUGGUAAAGUAUAGAGAAUUAUUUGUAGUACACUAUAUAUACAUAUAUAUGUGUGUGUGUGCAUACAUAUAUAUAUUUAAAUACAUUCAUGCAUAAAUACAUAUUAUAUAUUAUUUCCGGCCCUCCUUAUGUUUCUGUGCUAUACGUGUCAUUCAAAAGGGAAGCUAAAGGUGCCAUUUUCCAUCUGUUCUUCUGAACUUUCUACAUUCCACUGCCCAUUUUACCAACUGUUUGUUGAAAGUUGAAUAUACACUUUAUGGUGAUCAAAACACUUAGUGUUUCAUAGUAGAAAUCAUAUAAUCAAUAAACCUUUCC